GCCUGAUUGAUCUCAGUUAGCGAUGAGAGCUAACCCCCGCUGCCAGAGGCUUUGACUGGAGAGAUUUGGCUGGAGUGGAACUCAGGUCAGAGAGUUGGCAGAUAUGGUGAGGCACAGUGUUAUGACGGAGCUGCAAACCAUCCAGCAAUCUCUACAGGGCAACUCACUGGUUGUGGGCCAAGCAGGGAAAAACUGUGGGGCAGUUCAGGAGAAUGGAAACCAGCCAGCCAGACAGCUCUCCCACGGCUCAGGAGAAAUCGAGGCAAGCCAGCCAGUGAACAUCCCAGAUGCAGCUAAAAGAAAGAAAAAGAAACGGACUCGGGCAACAGACAGCUCCACAGGCACUUUUGAUGAUCUUUAUAAACUGACUGAUGAAGUACUUGGUCAGGGGGCAUAUGCUAAAGUUCAAGGAUGCGUGAGCCUGCAAAAUGCGCAGGAAUAUGCUGUGAAGAUAAUUGAAAAGAGUGCUGGGCACAGCCGCAGCAGAGUAUUUCGAGAAGUGGAGACUCUCUACCAGUGCCAAGGAAACAAAAACAUUCUAGAACUCAUACAGUUCUUUGAAGACAACUCCUGCUUUUAUUUGGUGUUUGAAAAGCUGUGUGGAGGCUCCAUCCUUACACACAUCCAAAACCGAAGGCAUUUUGAUGAACUGGAAGCCAGUAAAGUAGUCAGGGACAUUGCCCAAGCUCUUGACUUCUUACAUACAAAAGGCAUUGCCCAUAGAGACCUAAAGCUGGAGAACAUACUAUGUGAAUACACUGAUCGGGUAUCGCCGGUAAAAAUCUGUGACUUUGAUCUGGGAAGUGGCGUGAAGCUCAGCAGUGCCUGUACUCCUAUAACAACUCCGGAGCUCACCACACCAUGUGGCUCAGCAGAGUAUAUGGCUCCAGAAGUGGUGGAGGUGUUCACUGAUGAGGCCUCCUUCUACGACAAGCGCUGUGACCUGUGGAGCCUCGGUGUGAUCCUCUACAUCCUGCUGAGUGGAAGCCCCCCCUUCAUUGGCCACUGUGGCACAGACUGCGGCUGGGAUCGAGGAGAAACUUGUAGAGCAUGUCAGAGUCACCUGUUUGAAAGCAUCCAGCAAGGCAAGUAUGAGUUUCCAGACAAGGACUGGGCUCACAUCACAGAGGGUGCCAAGGAUCUCAUAUCAAAGCUGUUGGUUCGAGAUGCCACUUUACGCCUCAGUGCUGCUCAGGUCCUCAAACACUGCUGGGUGCAGGGGAAUGCCCCGGAGAGAGGUCUUCCAACUCCUCAUGUUUUGCAGAGGAACAGCAGCACCAAAGACCUGACCCAGUUUGCAGCAGAAGCCAUUGCCUUUAACCGGCAGCUAUCCCAGCACGAUGAGCAGCAGGAGGAUGCAGGAGCCAUCAUCUGCUCCAUGAGGCUGUCUCCUCCUUCCAACUCCAGACUGGCCCGCAGACGAGCGCAGUCCAAUGCUCUCCGGAGUAGGGACUUUGCUCCUGCUUCUGAUGACCCUGCAGCCUGAAACACCAGCACAACUACGCCCAGCACUGAUUUCAGCUAUUGCCUGCUCUUUUAUUUGUGUGUGGGUGUUUUUGUUUUCACAGGAAACCUUUUAGACCAGCAACAGCCGCACAGUAUCACAGAUGACUGUCACUGGUGUUAAAGCUCUUCUCCAUGGCCAGUAAUCUCUUCAUCUAGAGUGUUUGAGCACCAGGGGAUGGUUAAUCCUCUACAAUAACCUCCUGAUUGAAAACAGUUUUAAGCUGCCUCAUUUUCAAACAAAGGCUUCCUCCUCAGAAUAGCUUUAGUUUUUAGAUAUUAACUUAAUCUUUACAGAUUUAUUUAUGUGUUAUGUUGAUCCAAAACAGUACAGACCUCUCUUUAUGCCAGCGGUUUAUAUUGAAGUGCAUAUCAUUACCUAAACAGCUUUAGACAGUACAGCACAGCUGUCCUGCUGUUGUUACACUAAUGCAGUAUCAUCUUAUCAAGUUUUAUUUAUCUUAUAGGGAAGGCUUUUAAAAUAAUUUUAGAAAGAAACUAUUGUUUUUCUUUAAAAAAAAAAAAAGCAUGUUUGUGGAUGUGUGUGUAUUUAUAUUUUAUAUAUGAAGAUAAGAAAUGGUUGACACCUGGAGGAGCCCAGGUUUUCUCUCAGUUUUACUGGUUAGGGUUUAUGUUGAACUAUACAACAACCUGAGGACGGGUGGGUUUUAUAGAAGUUUCAGGGGUGCAGAGAUAUUGAAGUUCUUACUGUUUCUAGCUUUCCCUUCAACACAAGCUACCUGUAGCACUGAUGUACUUUGAAAUAAACAUUUUAGUUUACCUGGAAGGGGGGAGUAUUGUAAAACACCCAUAUAUUGCUCUCUUGAGCUUUAUCACUAAUCUGCUGCAUUUCAGUUUUUAACUUCUGCAAGAAGGCAUGUUUGGUUUCUUGAUGUCUUAAGUAAUUUGUAUCAGUAUUUUCAGGCUGGAUUAACUGAACUGUGAGAAUUGCAUUAGUUUUCCAUUGUUGGUAGGCAGUUCAAAUGGAAGUGACUUGUUAAUGAUGUUUCACAGAUGUUUCACUUGGUGUGGGAUUAAAAGCAUCUUUACUGUGAUGAAUGGGAUUUUUAAUUUUUUUAAUUAAAGUGUGUGUUUGUAUGUAUAUUUUGAAAAAAAAAAUGCAUCUGUGGUUUUGUGACUGUGCCAAUGGAGAGUGACGAAAGCUGUUUUAGAUUUUGAGUUUGUAAUAUCUGUGACAUUUGCUUGGAUUUUUUUUUUUAUAUAUAUAUUUUUGCUUGUGUUAUUUGAAAAUGUAGUUUAUAUUUUUAUAGAACCCCUGAUGGCAGCAUAUCACCUCUACUUCCCUUAAUUGUGUCAACUUUAUGUGUUGUUCAUUAAACAUGUCCCCUUACUUUAGUCCGUUGCCAUAGACACCCCAUCCCUAUAGCAACUAAGGGCCUUCAUAGGUUGGCAGGAAUUGACAGAGGUUUUCUCAGAGAUGAGGAAACAACCUGUGUUAAAGGCCUCGCACUCUUAUGAAUCAUAACAGAACUUGUUUCCCCCUCUCGGCUUGUAAUAGUAUCAAAAUGAGAUACAAUAAUUGGUACAUAAUGGAGAUCCCACUAAGCUCUAAUUGGAUCUUGAACAUAAAGCUGUGUGGAGCAAAUGUGUUGGCACGCUGUGCUCUCAAUAAAAGGAUCUAAAAUGUUGCA